AAAUCAUACAUACCUCCUCACAUUCCCAUACAUCUUCUUCUUCUUCUUCACACCCCUUCUUUCUCUCUCCAUACAAAAAGAAAAUACAGAAAAGACUCCAUUCUCUCUCUCUCUCUCUCUCUCUCUCUCUCUCACUUCACUGAGUGGAAACCAAACUCUUCAUUUUCAUGGCAGAUUCAACUAAAUACAUACCCAUAAACAACAGAACUCUGUUUCCAGAACUGAAACUAAAGAACAUAUUUUCAUUUCGAACAACAAUAACGAGGGCUUUUGUGUAUAUUUUCGUCGCUAUUUUCGUCGCUGUUACUUUUUUCUUAGCAUUUAACCCUUCCUCUGACCCUUCUUCUCCAUGGUUCACCAAUAUCUUCACUGACACAUCCAUAACUACAACUCUUAAACCCAAUGGUACAACAACAAUUUCUCCAUCUUCUGAUGACAGAUCUCACUUCUCUUCAAUUUACUCUUACUUUUUCCCCACGAAUUCGUCGGAAUCAAAUCAGAAUUCCUCUGUUUCCGGAUCUCGUCCCCUGUAUCUUGACCCACCAAAUGUGGUUCAAGAUUCCCCAAUUGGGUCGAACCAGAGUUCAAUUGGGCCUCCCGUUUCUCAAAUUGGGUCGAACCGGACUGCAAUCGGGUCUCCACUGUCUCCAAUUGGGUCGAACCAGAGUACAAUCGGGUCUCCAGUAUCUCAAAUUGGGUCGAACCGGACUGUAAUCGGGUCUCCCGUGACUGAAAUUGGGUCGAACCAGACUGCAAUUGGGGCUCCAUCGUCUCAAUUUGGGUCGAAUCAGACGAAUAAAGAAGUACCCAAAUUAGAAACAGAGUCUAAUAACACGGUGAAACCGCGUGAAGAAUUGAAUAAACCAGUGCCGACAUCUUUAGUGAAUGAUACUGGAAGUGGGUCCAGUCAAAUAGUCGAAAAAACUAAAGGGGAUAAUGCGGAAAAGAAACAGGGGAUUGAGUAUUUGGUGAAGAAUUUGGUGGGUUGUGAUUUGUUUGAUGGAGAAUGGGUAAUGGAUGAAUCAUACCCUUUGUAUGAACCGGGUUCUUGUUCAUUGAUUGAUGAACAAUUUAAUUGUUUUAACAAUGGUAGACCUGAUUUAGGGUUUCAGAAGUAUAAAUGGAAGCCUAAAGGCUGCACUUUACCAAGGUUGGAUGGAAGCAAGAUGUUGAAUAUGUUGAGAGGAAAGCGAUUGGUUUUCGUUGGCGAUUCAUUGAACCGAAACAUGUGGGAAUCAUUGAUUUGCAUCUUAAGAAACUCUGUCCAAGAUAAAACAAAGGUGUAUGAAGCCUCCGGCAGGCACCAUUUCAGAUCAGAAGCUUCUUACGCUUUUGUUUUCAAGGAUUAUAAUUGCACAGUGGAGUUCUUUGUGGCACCGUUUUUGGUUCAAGAAUGGGAAACCAAAGACAAAAACGGAACCAAAAAGGAGACCCUUCGACUCGAUUUGAUCAGUAGCUAUUCUGAACAGUACAAAACCGCAGACGUUAUUGUGUUCAAUACCGGGCAUUGGUGGACUCACGACAAGACUGCUAAAGGGCAAGAUUAUUAUCAAGAAGGUAGCCAUGUUUAUAAAGAGCUCAACGUCUUAGAGGCGUUCCGUAAGGCCAUCACAACAUGGGGAAUAUGGGUUGAUGCUAAUAUAAACCCUACCAAAACUUCAGUUUUUUUCAGAGGUUAUUCUGCAUCCCAUUUCAGCGGAGGACAAUGGAACUCUGGCGGAGCAUGUGACCAUGAAACCGAGCCCAUCAAGAACACGACGUACCUUACUCCUUACCCCGACAAAAUGGUAGUUUUGGAGAAAGUUUUUAAAGGAAUGAAAACCGGUGUGACAUAUCUUAAUGUCACAAGAUUAACAGAUUUUCGAAAAGACGGACACCCUUCGAUCUACCGGAAACAACACUACACGGCGGAGGAACAAAAAUCGCCACUACAUUAUCAAGAUUGCAGCCAUUGGUGCUUACCAGGUGUUCCUGAUGCUUGGAAUGAAAUCCUUUAUGCUGAACUUUUGGUCAAACAAUACCAAAGUCAACAGAAGAUGUGAAUUACACAUGAUACCUUUUAUGUUUUUUUUUAAAUGAAAAAAAAAUUAGGAAUAUAGAAUACAAAUAAGAAUAUAAUCAAUUUCUUAGUUUUUAUUUCGGAGAUUAUUGUUUAUAUGUGUAAAGAGAAGAAAGCUUUGUUGAUUAUAAAUUGAAUAGAUAUUAUUGCCCUUUUUUAA